GGGAGAGCGAGCGAGCGAACGUGCGAGCGAGCGAGCGCGAGGGGGAGGGGGAGCCUCAGCGAAGCCCGGGAGGCGCCCACAGUGACGGCGCCGCCUGCCCGCCCGCCCGCCUGCUGCCUCCCGGCCUGGCUGCUCGGCUGCCCGGCGCGCGCGGGUUCUGCUGGGCCGGCCGUGAGGCGGCAGCGGCACCAGCGGCAGUCCCCAGUGGCAGCGGGGCCUUCCUUCUCGCUCCCCCGCCUCCUCCUGUCCCCUCCCCUCCCCCUCCGGCUCCCGGUGGCGGGCUCCAGUCCUAGAAGGGGCGACGGGAAGAUGGAGGAACUGGUGGUGGAAGUCCGGGGCUCCAAUGGCGCUUUCUACAAGGCAUUUGUAAAAGAUGUACAUGAAGAUUCAAUAACAGUUGCAUUUGAAAACAAUUGGCAGCCAGAGAGACAGAUUCCAUUCCAUGAUGUGAGAUUCCCACCUCCUACAGGUUAUAAUAAAGAUAUCAAUGAAAGUGAUGAGGUUGAGGUUUAUUCCAGGGCCAAUGAAAAAGAGCCAUGCUGCUGGUGGUUGGCUAAAGUACGCAUGAUCAAGGGCGAGUUUUAUGUAAUAGAAUAUGCAGCCUGUGAUGCCACUUACAAUGAAAUUGUCACAAUUGAGCGUUUAAGAUCUGUGAAUCCCAACAAACCUGCAACAAAAGACACUUUCCAUAAGAUCAAACUGGAAGUGCCAGAGGACUUACGGCAAAUGUGUGCCAAAGAAUCAUCACACAAGGACUUCAAAAAAGCAGUUGGAGCUUUUUCUGUAACAUAUGAUUCUGAAAAUUAUCAACUUAUCAUCUUGUCCAUCAGCGACGUAACAACAAAGAGGGCAAAUAUGCUGAUUGAUAUGCACUUUCGAAGUCUUCGAACUAAGUUGUCUCUGAUACUGAGAAAUGAAGAAGCUAGUAAACAACUGGAGAGUUCAAGACAGCUUGCCUCAAGAUUUCAUGAGCAGUUUAUUGUCCGUGAGGAUUUGAUGGGUCUAGCAAUUGGCACUCAUGGUGCUAAUAUUCAGCAAGCGAGAAAAGUACCCGGAGUCACUGCUAUUGAUUUAGAUGAAGAUACUUGCACAUUUCAUAUUUACGGAGAGGAUCAGGAUGCAGUGAAAAAAGCCAGGGGUUAUCUUGAGUUUGCAGAAGAUGUAAUCCAAGUUCCAAGGAACCUAGUAGGCAAAGUAAUAGGAAAAAAUGGAAAACUGAUUCAAGAGAUUGUGGACAAGUCAGGUGUUGUAAGAGUGAGAAUUGAGGCUGAAAGUGAUAAAAAUAUUCCACAAGAAGAGGAAAUUAUACCACAAAAUCCCCUACCUUCCAAUAAUUCAAGGGUUGGAUCUAAUUCCUCAGAAGAAAAGAAAUACUUAGAUUUAAAGGAAAACUACACUCAUUUUUCUCAGUCCAGCAGUACAAAAGUCCAAAGGGUGUUAGUGGUUUCAUCAAUUGUAGCAGGGGAAUCGCAGAAACCUGAAAUCAAGUCUUGGCAGGGAAUGGUACCAUUUGUCUUUGUUGGAACCAAGGACAGCAUCACCAACGCAACAGUUCUUCUGGAUUAUCAUCUUAAUUAUUUAAAGGAGGUAGACCAACUACGUUUGGAAAGGCUGCAGAUUGAUGAGCAGUUGCGACAGAUUGGAGCGAGUUCUAGACCACCACCGAAUCGUGCAGAUAAGGAUAAAGGCUACAUGACCGACGAUGGCCCAGGACUUGGCCGAGGUAGUAGGCCUUACAGAAAUAGAGGACAUGGUAGACGUGGUCCUGGAUAUGCUUCAGGAACUAAUUCUGAAGCAUCAAAUGCUUCUGAAACAGAAUCUGACCACCGAGAUGAACUCAGUGAUUGGUCUUUGGCCCCAGCAGAGGAAGAAAGGGACAACUACUUACGUAGAGGAGAUGGACGAAGACGCGGAGGUGGCGCCCGAGGACAAGGAGGAAGAGGUCGUGGCGGUUUUAAAGGAAAUGAUGAUCAGUCUCGAACAGAUAAUCGUCAGCGGAACACAAGAGAUGCUAAGGGAAGAACAGCAGAUGGAUCACUUCAGAUCAGAAUUGACUACAAUAAUGAAAGAAGUGUCCACACUAAAACAUUACAGAAUACGUCAAGCGAAGGUAGUCGGCUGCGCACGGGUAAAGAGCGUAAUCAGAAGAAAGAAAAAUCAGACAGCGUGGAUGGGCAGCAACCGCUGGUGAAUGGAGUACCCUAAACUGCAUAGUUCUUGAGUCAUAUUUCCUAUACUGUUUCAGUAAUUCUUAUUCCACAUUAGAGAAACUUUGUUAGGCCAAAGACAAAAUAGUAGGCAAGAUGGCGCAGGGCAUGAAAUGAAGACAAAAGUUCUGUUAGCCUUUUUUUUUUUUUUUAAAUAUUGGCUGUACGCAACUGUUUUCAGGAUAAGAAGUUAUACAAACAUUUACUUAAGAAUAUCUUGGACUUCUAAAAUAUGCUUUCAAGUACAUACUGUGUACUUCAAAAAGUUUUUUUGUUUUGUUUUGUUCUAAAAAUAUCAAGCUGUGCACUAGUAUACUUUCUGUUCGUUUGGACUUUUACUGCAUUGGGUCAAUCACUGCUAAAUUUAUUCUUUUUUCUGAAUAAAUAGUGUUUGUGAUAAUCAAAUUAGGCUUCUGUUUUCAAUCAAACUUCAAAGUCCUUAUGAAAUGCUCUGUCGUUUCAUGUCCUGUGUCAGUUCACGUUUUGGUCCACUUUUUCAGUAUCUUAGUGGACCUUGAAAUGUGUGAUGUAACAAUUGUCAUUUUCAUUAGCAAAAAAAAAGUUGUAUGAUCUGUGCCUUUUUUAUAUCUUGGCAGGUAGGAAUAUUUUAUUUGGAAGCAGAAAUCAGGGAAGAGAAGUUGGAAACACUAAAUGUAAAAUAUAUGUAGCAAACCCUGUCCAGGCAUUUAGUACUUUAUAGAAGAAUGCAUGCUUUCCAUACUUUUUUUCCUUACUUAAACAUCAGGUUAGGCAGUAUAAAGAAUAGGGGUUUUUGUUUUGUUUUUAUUUUAUUUUUGUUUUUUUGCACUGAAGAUUAACAUAGUGUUGAGAGAAGUGUAAUUUUUCUUUACACGUGGGACAAGAAAUCACUAUCUUUCCAUUUCGAAAGAGAAAAAUUUCUUUGGGAACAAAUCUUCCUGGUUACAAGCUAGCAUAACAUGCCUAUUUGGCCAGAUAACUAUAUUGAGUAAAUAGUCAUAAUUUCAUCUUCCCACAAAUUACAGAAUUGUUUUUCAUAAUUUUAAUUUCAAGCUUAUCUCAGGGGAGGUAGGAAGGUGAUGUCCUUUGUGAUUGAUAUGUGAAGCACAGGUAUCCAACUUUGUAACAUUGGAGGCAGGUUAAAUUGUAAAAUGCGAAGUUUAAGGUCUGAUUUGAAAGAAGAAUCAGAAGGCAUUCUAGAAUUUGAUAACAAGUAAUAGACAAUUAGGGAAUGGGGGGGGCAGGUGAAUUUUUGCUUUUUUUUCCCCUUUUGGAUCAUGAAUGAAGUAUACUGGGGAAAACUGUGUUAAGGACCUUCAUUUCAAAAUUUUCUAUUUUUCUGAAAAAAUUACUCCAGUAGGGGUGCCACUGAUUAUGUACAGAACUGUACAAACCAAACCUGCCUCUGAUGUAUUUUGUGAGUUUCAUUUAUCUUUGCUUUUCUUUUCACUGUUACUUUUCCUUGCAUACAAGUAAGCAUAUAAAAAUCGCAAGAAACUGCACAUGGUUUAACAAAUAUUAAAAUGUCUUUAAAAUCUUGCCAAACAUUAUUGUUGAUUUUUAGUUAUUUAUUUUGGGAAUGUAUAGCGUUUGAGAAAAAAAAAACUGGUACCUUGCACACAUCAUCUGUAAGCUGUUUGGUUAAAAUACUGUAGAUAAUUAACCAAGGUAGACUGACCUUGUAAUGUAACUGCUCUUGGGCAAUAUUCUCUGUACAUAUUAGCUGCAACAGAUUGGAUUUUAUGUUGACAUUUGUUUGGUUAUAGUGCAAUAUAUUUUGUAUGCAAGCAGUUUCAAUAAAGUUUGGUCUUCCUCUGCUAA